CCACCUUUGGGAUGGUCCUUGACCACCUGGACGGGUGAAAGAUCCCACACCUUGACCAAGCCACGGUCAGGUUUGGCCACCUUUGGGAAGGUCCUUGACCACCUGGACAGGUGGGAGGUGGCCUUGACCAAGCCACGGUUGGGUUUGGCCACCUUUGGGAGGUCCCUGACCACCUUGACCAAGCCACGGUCAGCUUUGGUCACCCAACCACCCCUUGACCCCUUGACCGCCACUCCGCCCCGCCCGCAGGUGUCCCCGGCCUCGCCAUGGCCGCGCUGCCCACGCCCCUUCUCCUACACCUGGAACGACACCUGGAACGACACCUGGAACGACCCCUGGAACGACACCUGGAGUGACCUCUUCGACCUGGACGUGGCCGAAGUGCCCCUCGGCCACCGCUUCGUCCUGGCCCUCUACGCCCUCAUCUUCCUGCUGGGCGUCCUGGGCAACAGCGCCGUGCUCUGGGUGACCGUGACCGAGCUGCGCCGGACGGUCAACGGCGUCUGGUUCUUCCACCUGGCCCUGGCCGACCUCCUGAGCUGCCUGGCGCUGCCCUUCCUGGCGCUGCCGCUGACCACUGACCACCACUGGCCCUUGGGCCGCCUGGCCUGCAAGGUGCUGCCCUCGCUGACCGUGCUGGCCAUGUUCGCCAGCGUCCUGGUGCUGACGGCCAUCAGCGCCGACCGCUGCGCGCUGGUCACUCGGCCCGUGUGGUGCCACAACCGCCGCACGCCCGCGCUGGCCAGAGGGGCUUGCGCCGGGGCCUGGGUUCUGGCCGCGCUGCUGACCGUCCCCUCCUUCAUCUUCCGCACCGUCCGCCUCGACCCCUACUCGGCCAAGGCCACCUGCGUGCUGUCCUACGGUGCCGUCCGGCAGCACCAGCGCGGCACCGAGCUGACCACGGCCAUCAUCCGCUUCCUCUGCGGCUUCCUGGGACCCUUCGUGGUCAUCUCGGGCUGCUACGGCCUCCUCUUGAGCCGCGUGCGGGCGCGGGGGCUGGGCCGCUCCCAACGGGCCACCAGGACGGUGCUGGUGGUCAUCGUCAGCUUCUUCGUGUGCUGGCUGCCCUACCACGUGGUGGGGCUGGUGCUGGCGGCCAGCGCGCCGGACACCGCGGCCUUCCGGGGCGCCCAGGCCGCCGACCCCGCCGUGGCCGGCCUGGCCUACGUCAACGGCUGCGUCAACCCGGUCAUCUACCUGGCCAUGGGGCGGGGCCUGGGCGCCCACGUGAGGCGCUCGUGGCGGGCGCUGCUGCGGGGGGUGCUCAGCGAUGACCCCCCCAGCACGGCCACGGACAGCCGGGGGCCGGAGCAUGGCCACCACCGAGGAGGUCAGCGAGGGGGUGUGAGGGCGGCCGGCAGCGGCGGCGGCGGCAUCGCCAUCAUCAUCGCCAUCAUCAUCGCCAUCAUCAUCGCCAUCAUCAUCGGCGGCGUCGUUUUGGGGGUUCCGCCACAGCGGUGAAAAAAGGUGCGAGGGUGGGAGGAAGGUCAGGUCGUCGUCAUCUUCAUCAUCGUUGUUGUCAUCGUUGUUGUCGUCUUUGUCAUCGUCAUCAUCUUUGUCGUCAUCU